UCUACAACAAUAUGAAAAUGGCGGUGCUUUUUUAAUAAUAGUGCGUAUUUUAGUGAAAACAUUAGCGCUUACGAAAUACUAAAGUGUUGUCACAAAACUGAAUGUAGUAGAUUAAUAUAGACUUAACAGUGACCGUUUAAUUUUUAUUCAAUUAUUUAAUUUUAAUUAAUAUGUUAACUAUAAUGCGGUUGAAAUUUGUAAUGAUGCUGUCGAUGACGAUUCAAUGGAUUUCUUAUACAGAUGGUUUGAUCGAAUCACCGUCGCAAAACAGCAACCUCAACUACUGGGAGCAGCCGUUUUCGCAGCCAUACUUCGACAACGCUACUAGACGUGACGUGACCGCCACGGUGGGCCAGAUGACGUAUUUACAUUGCAGGGUCCGAAAUCUCGGCGACCGAUCGGUGUCAUGGAUCAGGAAACGUGACUUACAUAUACUGACGGUGGGCAUACUGACGUACACAAACGAUCAGCGUUUUCAAUCGCUGCAUUCCGACGGGUCGGACGAGUGGACGCUCAGGAUCACGUCGCCGCAGAUCAAAGACUCAGGAACAUACGAGUGUCAAGUGAGCACCGAACCGAAAAUCAGCCAAGGGUUCCAACUAAACGUAGUCAUAUCUAAGGCCAAGAUCAUCGGCAACACGGAAAUGUACAUCCGCAGCGGAAGCGACAUAAACCUGACGUGCGUGGUACUGGAAACACCGGACCCGCCCAGCUUCAUCUACUGGUACAGGGACAGGGAUGUCAUCAACUAUUCGGGCCGUGGCGGUAUCAGCGUAGUGACCGAGAAACAGACUAGGACCAGCCGACUGCUGAUAUCUAAGGCUCAACCUCCGGACACGGGCAACUAUACGUGUGCCCCGUCCGCAUCGGAUUCGGCUAGCGUUACCGUGCACGUCCUUAACGGCGAACACCCGGCGGCCAUGCAGCACGGGAACAGCAGCAACAGCGCCGUGACCAGACUGCUACCGAUUCUCCUGUUGUUCGUGUGCCAUUCCAUCCAGGUACUGUUGGUGACCGACGUGUACGUACCCACCCGCGUCGUCAAACCGUCCAGAUGAACGGCUCGUUAAUACUACACUCGGCGCGUGCUCUCGUUUCAACAAUAUAAUAUACCGUUUACGACACACGCAACCACUACCGCGCGUGUGUGUGUGUGUGUGUGUGUAUGUGUGUGUGUGUGUGUGUGUGUGUGUGUGUGUGUGCGUGUGGUGAUACGCGUGUACUGUGCGUGUGUGCACAAAGUCUACGCAUACCGACACGUUUAUGUAAUUUGUAUACUAUCAAUUAUUGUGUUAUAGGAUUAAUUCAUUUUUUUUGUUUCGUUUUAUUUUUAUUUUUUUCAUUUUCAUGUAAAAAGAGAACAACGAUUGUAAUAAUAAAACCGUGCACGUUACUGUACCAUGUCCGCAGCUACUGCCACCGUCACUCGCCCACCCGCCACCACAUUUUCGUUUCCCAGGUCCGCAAUACGACGUCAAAGUAAGAUUAUGAAUACGAAUGGACGAGAGAGAAAUAUUUCGAGAUCCUCGGAAUUCCUUUUUCGGAAACUCUUCAGACGUACUUUUCGCAUUGGUCACACGGAUAACUAUAUUACGAAUGAAUUGUCCGAGAUGAAAAUAAACCGUUUAUACGGGGCUAAUCGUAGAUGAAUUUGUUAUUUAAAAAAAAAAAAAUCGGAUUUGUUCGAUAAAUAUCGAUGUCCCGAUAUAAAAUAAUUAACGUUUACGUUGUUCGGUUUUAAUUAUUAUUGAAUAAUUAAUCCAAAAUAUAGAUCAUUAAAAAUUACCAUGUAAAUGCAGGUAAACCGAAAUACAACUAUAACACGUGACCGCCAUGUACACGUCGACAGUCAUAAUACUCGAGUACAUUAUUUAUCGACACAUCAGUCGUGCUUUUCGAUAUCUUUCCUGAUUCGUAUGUGUAGUAUAAUAUCUUUAGUUAUAUUUCAUUAAGAAAUACUAUGUUUGUUAUAUCAAAUGUCAUGAUUUAUUUUACACCAUGACUUCCUUAGCAGUGUAUUAUUGUCGCGCUAUAGAAAGGAUAAACAUUAAAAACUAUAUAAUAAAUUUAGGCUCACUGGCACGCAAUAGGAUUUAGCACUUUCGUUCUGAAACCGAAAUAAAUGUAAAAACAUAUAGGUUAUAGUUAGAAAAUCCGACGAAUAAUUACAAUAAUAUCGUCUAAACGCUAUUAAAUUCACGUUGUGUCGAUCAAGUUUUUCUUUCUAAGGAAUAAUAUCAAAAUCGACGAUACAAUUAGAACAAGGGUGGUAGGAUAUAGAAAGAAGUGGAGGAAUGUUUUUUUUUAAACGACUAUUGUAAAUAGACCACGCAAAACCCCCGAAUUUAUUUCGACAUCACCGGGCACGAGACCGUGUUCGCUCGACGUUCGUGGAAAAGAUCCUUUUAUCCUGCUCUUCCUCCUCGGUUUACGAGUGGUAUACCGUUAUCCGACGAUUUAUUUAAGUACGCGUUCAGUUGUUAUACAACAUGAACACAUAUACAAACCUCCAACGGGGUAAACGGGUUACCUGCAUCAAAGAUAAAUGACGCGUUAAACGGGAGAGAUAAUACGAUAAUAUUAUAUUGUUGUUCCUCUGACGAUUCGUCGUCCGGCUGUGGCUAUGGUGACGGUAGGUUUCGUUGUACAAAACUCCGCCCUAUUGAAAAUCACGCAGAUUUUCGUAAAAUAUACUGGAAACGUUUAAGAGGGACAGCGAAAGAGAUUGAUUGAGAGGGCGUGGAUGGUGCGAGAGGACGGAACUAUUUCGAAACGUGUAGGUACGCGCUUGUAAAUAUUUGUAUUUUUUUUUCUACUCGUCUACGUUCCUUACCGCUUAAGUUUCACGAUUUACACAACAGUACCGUGUUUAAUUUUGUAUGAUAUGUAUAUGAUUUCUCAUGUUAGUACCAAUCCGUUAAUAAUUAUGUUGUAUAGUCUUUUUAUGCGUCUGUAUGUAAAUGUUUUCUAUACAUAGCCGUUUAUAGUUCGUUUUAUCAUCUCACAGGUUUAUACCGAUUACAUAAUGUAUGUAAAAAUAAUGUAUUAUUUAUUAUUAUCAAUGUCGUUAAAAUAUUAUAUUAUGUUUUUGAAAAUUUAUCGUUCACGUCGUGUGUCCGGGACUUUCGUUUAAAGUUAUGAGUACUAUUUGUUUGUUUAUUGUAUCGGGAUACAAUUAUCGAUGAUAUUAUUAUUGUUGUUGUUUUUGUUGUUAUUGUAAC